AUGAGAGUGAGUUUGAGCGUUUCACUGUCGAAGGAAGGCAUUGUUGUGUACAUCCUAAUCAUCUUGUUCAGUGCUGUAGCGAGUGAUCGGCAGGAUAACAAUGGACGGGCCUUCAACUCCUCCAAACCCUCUACCCGUUCAUCCUUUGCAUCGUAUUACGGAGGCCAUCCGCCACCUCCGCCAGUCCUCGUGGCUGAUCCGCCUCCAACAGCAGCACCCAGAUCCCCAGUACCGCCAGUAUCUAGAACGCCUUAUCCGGGUUAUGGAUCACAUCCUGUCUUACAUUCGCCGCCAUCAGCUCCUCCCCAGCAUGGUGCGCCGUCAAAUACGGGCCAACCAGCUUCAACACCUCGAGCACCGCCAAUAUAUGGAUCUCCUCAAUGUCCAUCAGCACCACCUCCGCGAGUUGCUCAACCAACUCCACCAGUAUAUCAACCCCCUACGCCGUCACAUCCUCCAUCUCCCCGGAGAGCGGUUUGCUCAGCACCGCCGGAACCUCGAUGUGCUCUACCACUUCACAUACAACAUGUAAGUCCACCACCUCCUCAAAGGCGACCAGGCCUGCCUCCCGUGCACAGGCCUCCAGUCCCAACUCACUGUCCUCUAGUGUCUCAACCACCUCAUAGAAGACCAGUUCUCAGUCCACCUACACCUCCUACUAAUCAACCUCCCCUAGUUCUGAUUUACCACCCUCCAGCUUCUCCACCGCUGGCAUAUCCAACACCAAGUCCACCUCCUACGUAUCAACCCCCGUCUCCUCCAACUUUAUCACCACCUCCGCCCACUUAUCAACCUCCACCUUCUCCUCCUCCCCCUCCUAUUUAUCCACCACCAACUUCACCACCCCCACCUCCUAGCUAUCAACCUCCUCCUUCUCCUCCACCUUCUCCACCAGUAUCACCACCUUCACCUUCAAUUUAUCAUCCUCCACCUUCUCCACCACCUUCAUAUCCUUCACCACCACCUCCUAUUUACCAACCUCCACCUUCUCCGUUACCAUCACCUCCUCCCCCUCCUACUUAUCAACCUCCAUCUUCUCCACUACCCAUACAUCCUUCACCUCCUCCUCCUCCUCCUACUUAUUCACCCCCACCUUCUCCAACAUUGCCACCCUCUCCAAGUUAUGGAACUCCGCUGUCUCCAUCACCUACUGAUCCAUCACCGCCUCCACCUUCUCCACUAUUAGCAUCACCUCCACCUCCUGUAUUUCCUUCAACACCUCCCCCACCUCUUUCACCAACAUCACCGCCUCCACCUAUUCCACCACCACUAUCUCCACCUCUGGUAUCACCACCACCUCCUCCUAGUUAUCAACCUCCACCACCUGUAUAUCCUUCGCCACUAGUGCCUCCACCUCUUUAUCAACCCCCACCUCCUUCACCACCCCCGCCUUCUCCACCAACAUCACCACGUCCUCAGCCUCCAAUAUAUCUACCUCCAUCUUCACCACCCCUGCCUUUGACCUAUCAAUCUCUGCCUUCACCACCACCAACAUAUCCAUCACCACCGCCUCCUACAUAUCAACCUCCAGUAUUGCUGCUGCCAACAUAUCCAACACCGACCUCCCCACCCUUGCAAAGGCCAUCGACACCCACACAUCGACCUUCCCCGUCCCCUCCUCCCACUCAUACACCUCCAAGAUUUCCACCCACCCAAAGGCCUCCUUCUCCUCGACACCGGCCACCAGUGCACAAACCACCACAUCCAAAACAUAGGCACCCAGUGUCUCCAAGAAGACACGUAUGUAUUCCCAUCCCCCCAUCCACCUACAAGGACUCCACCAUCUCAAAGACCACCGCCGACUUAUCAACCACCGCCAGUCUCAACGCAGCCAUCACCAACACAGAGGCCUCCAAUGUAUCCAGUGCCACCUACACCAACUUAUGCACAGCCACCAUUACUUCCUGCUCCAACUUAUGGACCUGUGUACCCAUCACCACCAAUGGCCUCCAUCCAGUUCCUCCGCCCACAAUGGAGAUGCGUUCCAGCCAGCUAAUGUGCAAGACUAAUGUGCAACAUCACCUUUUGACUGGUAAACAUCAAGCGGAGUUUAUCUACUCAUCAGAUUUAGGCAGCCUGCAUGUUCUGUGUAUAUCAUCAGAAUGAAGCUUGUUGUACCAACAGCUGUCCUAGUA